AUGGCGCUUGCUGAUGACGCUGCUGAUAUUGCCGCUAACGUUGAUAUUGAUAAACGACAACAAUUGGACACUGAUUGCACUUACGUAAGCCAGUGUAAUGAUACGAUUGGUAUUGGAGAGGGAAGGUAG